UUGCAGGGAGAGCGUGCUCCGGGCACUUGACAUGGCGGCAGCGGCGGCGACUGCAGCAACGAAGGGGAAUGGGGGUGGCGGGGGACGGGCCGGGGCCGGCGAAGCUGGCGGCGCGCGGAAAAAGAAGGGCCCAGGGCCUCUGGCCACGGCGUACCUGGUCAUCUACAAUGUGGUGAUGACGGCGGGGUGGCUUGUUAUAGCAGUUGGUCUGGUCAGAGCAUACCUGGCUAAGGGUAGCUAUCAUAGUCUUUACUAUUCCAUUGAAAAGCCUUUGAAAUUCUUCCAAACUGGAGCCUUACUGGAGAUUUUACAUUGUGCAGUAGGAAUUGUUCCAUCUUCUGUUGUCCUGACUUCUUUCCAGGUGAUGUCAAGAGUUUUUCUAAUAUGGGCAGUAACACAUAGCGUCAAAGAGGUACAGAGUGAAGACAGUGUCCUCCUGUUUGUUAUUGCCUGGACAAUCACAGAAAUUAUCCGUUACUCCUUUUAUACUUUCAGUCUAUUAAACCAUCUGCCUUACCUCAUCAAAUGGGCCAGGUACACACUUUUCAUUGUGCUGUACCCAAUGGGAGUGUCUGGAGAGUUGCUCACCAUCUAUGCCGCCUUGCCCUUUGUCAGGCAGGCAGGCCUGUACUCCAUCAGUUUACCCAACAAGUACAAUUUCUCCUUUGACUAUUAUGCAUUCCUAAUUCUGAUAAUGAUCUCCUACAUUCCAAUUUUUCCGCAGUUAUACUUCCACAUGAUACACCAGAGAAGAAAGAUCCUUUCUCAUACUGAAGAACACAAGAAAUUUGAAUAGUUCCUGCUCUCUGCAUACCCCUAAAGAACAAACUUUUCAAUGACAAAAAAUGCUGCAGACUUUUUGAGUUCCCAAUACGUUUCAUAGAAAAUAAGUAAGAACUAUUUUUAAAAUACUAAAAAAAAUAAAACAACACAAGAACCAAAAUCCAGUGUCACACAUGCCUGGGAUCUUAUUUAAAACAAAAAACAAAAACUAUUACAUAAAACCUCCUGGCCGGUCCAUUUCAGCAUGCUUUUCACCCAGAAGUUCCCCAUAUGUAAGGUGGCUCUGGACAGGGAUUUGGCAUUUUAUACCCUCCUGUUUCCUUCAUGUAUCUGAUACGCACAGGCCUGUAACACUGCGUACUUGAGAGUUACAGUCAGUGGCGCGUCGUACCGGCCGAACGCCUGGCUUGCGGGAGAGGUCCGUUCCGGUCUGCAGUGUGUUUAGCGUUCCCUUUUUCAAAGUGCUUGACUGCAUGCUGGAAACUCUGUAUUUUUGAAGCAGCAAACUUUGUUCUCUGGAAUGUCCUGACGUUAUGGCUGGGACCUGUCCCCUCAUGUCUAGUGAAUGAAUUCUACAAUGUGUAUGUCUGUGAAGCUUUGGGGUAGUGCCUGUAACCUGAAAACAACUAGAACCCUUUUGUUUGUUUUCAGUUGAGUCAUUACUGCCUGCCAUUAAGAAAUGUGCUUGAACUUGAACUUCAUAUGUGUAGAGAACCCAUCAUUGUUCAGAGCUCAGCCUCACUCUUAUUUUAACACAGUGACAGUUCUCAGAAAGGGAAAGCUCAGUUGCUAGCAAAUGACCAGUACCUUUCACACUAUCACCUUUAACACCCUGAGUAACGCGUUUACCAGUAGUUAUUCUCAUUUGUGGACCCAAAGCCAGUCAAGUCCCAUAAGGAGUAGAGAAUCUGUUACUGAAAGCACAUGGAAGGUGUAACUUUAGAAAACGUAAUCCCGAUGAACAUUCAGGGAUAGGUUUAUACACUCUUGGUAUUUUAUUUUUUAACUUCAUUCAGCUCUUCUGUUUGGAUACUUUUCCCAAUUAUGGUUUUGUGUAAUCCCCACCAAGCUGUAAGUCCAGAGGCAGCGAAAUGUUCCAGCUGGGCGGCCAUGAGCUAAAAGCAGUAUCAUCUCCAUGUGCUGGAACAGCGAAGAGAUAAUGUCAUGUGGACAUUGAUUACUGCCAUGUCUUCAUACCAUUUAAUUGCUCAACUGUGCAUUUAAGACUUUUCAUGAAAGGGUUGGUGAAAAUGUAAAGCCCAAGUUCAGAUGUGCAUUAGAUUUUAAACACAGAAUGUUCUUUGUGGAUUCUUUUUCCACCACUCCCCUCACCUUUCUUUUUUAAUGGUUGAUUUAAAAAAUUUUAAAAGCCUAGCUUACUAGCUUACUGAAUAGUUAAAAUAUAAUUGCUAAUGUCAGAAGAAUGUCAUAAUGGAAAACUAAUUUUUUUAAUGUUAUUUUUAUAGAAGCUUGACAAUUAAGAUGAAAAUGAGAAGAAAGUAUGAAGCCUAAAAUUUAAUGCAAGCAGAUGUGUAAUAAAAUUAUUUUUGAAUUGAACAUGAAAAUUCUGCUCUCCUUUCAGUCAGCACUCUUAACUUGGGCAUGUUGAGAAUCUGUUCUUGUGAUUUGUAACCUAAAUAUAGAGGAAGGACUAUUUUUCAUUCUUCUUUUCCAAAACGUAUUUCUACUGUAAAAUAGAAACAAUUUGAGUUAUAUUAGUCUUAUUACCUAGUUUGGGUAAGAUUUUUUCAGUCUUUUCUGGACUAGUCCCAGAAGAUGGGAUAAGAAAUGUAGGUUUUCCAGGAUCGCUGGACUGGGGUUUGAUUCGGGCCUCUCUCUUAUAAUUUGUCACUAUUUACAAAAAACAGUCUGUCGCAAACAGUGGUAUUGCAUCAAAUUGAACUUUGGCAGCAAGAACACAGCAUACAACUCCCUCCUCAAAAAGGGUCUCCACCCCAGUGUGGACUUUGUCCGUCAGCAUGUGAAAGGCUCCCCGCAGAUAAGUAAGGGGCGCACGCCCCCUGCCAGCCCCUCUCUCCAGAACUGGCUUCUUCGUCUCUAACCUGAAUUAAUUUCUCCUUUGAAGUGGUGGUGUUCUCUGAUGAAUUGCGAACAUCUAACCCCACCAACUGUCACAUCUUACAAUGUGUGACUGAGGAAGGGGGCAUUUGGUGGGUAUUUUGUCAGACUUACCCUUUUCAUUUCAGGACACAGUCAAAGGCAUCGCCUGCCGGGCCGUCCGCCUGAUUGGCUGUUUCAGAUCCCCCCUCCGGGGACCACCUUCCCGCAGAGAAUUCUUUGAGGUAUGCACUGGGCUCUGUAGACACUAAUCUGCGUCCUGCUGUGUUCUGUUUGCUCAGGUUGGGAUCACUCAUUUAACACAUACUGACCAUUAUCAAAGGCACCAUGGAGAGUUAGUCAUGCAGCAAAGGCACUGUCCCUCCAGACGGAAACCCUUCCUCUGGAGCGAACUUCCCACGGGAAGGGUUUAGAAGAGAGAGAGUUAAAGCGGCACAGUUCCUCCUUGUUUGUUUGGGUUAUUCAUUUAUAGUAAAAGAUUGGCACUGAUGUGGUACAACCUGCAAAUUAUUUUCAGUUCUGAGUUUCUAGGUAAAACAUUGUAAAACAUCAAAACCAGUACAUACUGCUCCUUUGAAAUUUGGGUAAAAAAUUAUACAACCAUAUGUAUAGUCAUUUUUGUAUUUUUUCUAUGUUGUGAAAACCAAAAUUGUAAUUUUAUAAGUCUUUGAUUCACUAAAAUUAUAUAAUUUCAAUGUAUUUUUUGUAUAUUUAGAAAUAAGGAGUUCAAAGACUAUGCCUAACUUUCUAUGCAUGCAUUUGGAAGCUGUUUUUACCUGAUAAUGUUAAUGUAGAAAUAAGUUGUACUCAUAAAAUACUGAUCUGUGUUGCAUUUCAAAAUAAACUGGUGUGCGCUCUGCCUGGAUUUGAAAUACUGA